UGUCCGUCAAAGGGGUUGCCAUGUGACCACUUCCUGUUUCGCUGAAGGGUUGGACAGGCGGAAGCAGCAUCUCUCGGUGCAAAUACUUCUUUCGAUCAACAGUCGAAUAGCUAUUUUACAACAUGCCGGCGUAUCACUCGAGUCUGAUGAGUCCCGACAUCAGGUUGGUGGGCAACAUGGCUCUGUUGCCCCUUAAAACCCAGUUUAAGGGACCAGCCAGAGGAGAUGGCAUCGAUUCUGACAUUAUUGAUGAGGCAAUCUACUACUUUAAAGCCAAUGUUUUCUUCAAGAACUAUGAAAUCAAGAACGAGGCUGACAGGACUCUGAUCUAUGUCACGCUCUACAUUUCUGAAUGCCUGAAGAAGCUACAAAAAUGCAGUUCCAGGGGCCAAGGAGAGAAGGAAAUGUACACACUGGGUAUCACUAACUUCCCCAUUCCUGGUGAACCUGGCUUCCCUCUGAAUGCAAUGUAUGCUAAGCCUGCGAACAAGCAGGAGGACGAGACAAUGAGGGCGUACCUUCAGCAGAUCCGACAGGAGACUGGCUUGAGACUAUGUGACCGUGUGUUCGAUCCCCAAACCGACAAGCCCAGCAAGUGGUGGGUAUGUUUCGUCAAGAAGCAGUUCAUGAACAAGAGCCUGUCAGCGCCCGGCCUGUGAUCGUCCUCAGCACCAGCAGGGAGUUGAAUGGAUAUUCUUUGAGGUUCAGCGGCGAGUGGUCACCUUUUGUUAGGGCGAGAUUUUAUAUUUUUUGAGUUCAAGGGUAUGUACGGCUGUUGAUCAUAUUGAGCUGGAGCUUAAUUGAAUAAAGCGAUUAUUAAUAUGA